ACUCUUAGAUAACUUCUCCCCACCAUUUUUGUCUCUCUCUCAAGCAAGCCACUUUUCUCUGGAAAUCAAGAAAAACCCAUGUCUCUCUGCUGCUUCACAGCUCUAUUCUUCUCUUGUGUUUGAACCCAUCCUGAACAAUAAUUGAAUACCAAGUUCAUCUUCCUGAGUGCAAAUCUAACUAGAAAGAGGCCAUGGAUGUUGAUUCGCAACCGACAAUGGAGGAAACGAUAUUAGUCGGCGAUGAUCUAAUGAUGGGUCCGCCAUCUCCGGUCAUCCCACAAGAAAUCGCAGCUCACGUUCUUGAAGGCAUUGAGUUAUGUGAUGGGAUCUUAAGGAACUUAUUUUUGUGUCUUCAGAUUAAUGAUAUCGAGCCAUUCUGUCAAGAUGAGCUUGCAUUAUAUCGACAAUGUGCUGAAAAUAGGGACAAGGAACUAAGACAACGGCUUCAGGAUAGUGAAAGAAAAUUGGGGUUGUCGAUGCCUUUAGACCAAGCAAAGGAGAGAGCCAGUCAGCUUGAAUCAGAAGUCACAUCAUUGGAGAGGCGCUUGAUUCUGGCAAGUGGAAUGGAAGGCACUGAUGGAUUUCGUCAAAGAUGGAGUCUGCAUGGUCGACUAACAGAUACCAAGAAAAGGCUGGAAUCCUUGAAACUGGGAAUGGAGAAGAGAAAACAGGAUGAACCCAACAAAGGUGGCUCUGGGAAAAGAUGGUUCUUCUGGUAACAAUGGUGGUUGCACAUGUACUAUCACUACACGAUACGACCUACAAUUGUACUAUCACGACAUGAUACGACCUACAAUUGUACUAUCACAACACGAUACGACCUACGAUUGUACUAUCACGACACGAUUCGGAAUUAUGUAGGGAUCCAUCAUGGGUUUCACAUAAAAUUUUAGAUUUUUUGUAGGGGUCCAUCAUGGGUUUCACAUAAAAUUUUAGAUUUUAACUGGUUUAAUACGACAAUUCUAGGUGAUAUGAGGUUGGAAUUU